AUGAUAAUAGCGGAUGGCGCACCACUGGUGCUUAAGCCGAACAUAGAACUGAGUGCUGAUCAAACUCAGCUGAAGAUACAUCACUCGAAGCUGCACGAUGAAGGCCUGUACAGCUGCGUCGCUGUUAAUCCGGCUGGAAAUGCAACGCAAAAGCAGCAACUUUAUGUUGGUGUUCCACCACGGAUAACGGAAAAGCCAAGACGAAUUAUCGUGAAAAGUGGUCAACCAGCCGAACUAUGUUUCCUAGAGAACUGCUGCGUUGCUUUUGCAGCAGCUUUGGAUGAUCACUCGGAAAUGCUCAAGUCAACUGCUCUAUUCGCAAACGUAUCAAGUCGAGAUGCUGGUGUUUAUACAUGUAAAGCUGAGAACUGGGCAGGCACCAGUUAUAAGGAUGUCGAUUUAGUCGUUCUAAGUCAGUAG